UUGUUUUCGAUUCUGCGGGUCGCCGUGCUGUCCGGCUUUGGUGCCAAGGGGUUGCCGCGGCGGGUGCCCCAGUGAGCCGUCCUGGAGCGGGGAGGAGGCGGAGCCGGGGUCGUCAAGCCCAGCCGUCGCGGCCUGGAGCUCGGGUCACCGGCGCCGGCCCGGACCACGCUCCGCCCCCGUGGCCGGCUACGCGUUCCCCGAUGCUCGGAAGUCGCCAGACGCAGACCUACCUCUUUGUCCAGUUUCUCUGACCAGCCGUGCCUGGCACGGAGCCGGGCACCUGCGGGCACAGCGAUGAACACAGUCGACGUGGUCAGGUGAGGGGCGCCGCAGCCCGACCUGGUUUAGGGUGAAAUGUAAGUAGAUGUUUUCCCAGGCUUGCUCUGGGAGACAGACAAUACAAAGCGUCAGAAGUGGAUCAGACGCGGCCUUGGAAUUUCAAACGUAAAGAGUGACUUGGGAACUCAAGAAUCCAGAUGAGAUAAGCUACUGAGCUUCGGAACGAUAAGGGAAGUGGGAAAAUGGCCCGAACUUCCUAGAUGUGUGAGAUCUCAGAACAGAGUUCAUAUUGUUUUUUAAGCCUAUCUUUGUCUUUUUAAAGAAAUUGAAGCUCAGAGAGUAGUGUGCCCAGGGACCCGGGAUGCAUGGUGAGUUGAAGCAUAGCAAAGAUGCCCUGGUUACCAGUAAGGUUCUGAUUUUCAAACAAGAUUUUACAAUAUGUAAACUGGAUAAAAGUCUAACCCCCUACUUCAGAGAAAAUUGCUUGAAAAUUUCAGCACUACAACCGGUUAGAAUAGUAAACAUUGGCUAGAAACCAAAUCAAGAAAAUAUUUACCCUCAGAUACACGUGACAGAUUUUAUGAGUUGAGUAGAGUCAGAAAGCUUCAGAAAUCCUUAAAAUGAUUUUCAUUUCCACAUUCAUUCAUUCACCAAGUAUGUGCUUCUGUGUGCCAUGCACUGUGGGUACAAAGAUGACUGGAAGCCAGCCCUGUUUUUGGGUCCUCCCAGAAAGUGAGGGAGACAACUGUGUAAACCACAAACAAUUACAUUGUGAGAUGCGGUCUCGCAGAGGUUUGAAUGAAAAGCAAACUAUGGGAUCACUGAGAUGACAACCGUAUUUAUGCCUGGAGAGAUUUGGAAGGCUUUCUGGGGAGGUGACUUCAGUUGAAGAAGUUCUGCGUGUUCUGACUCCAUCUGGUUCCUUUCAUUUGGUGACCAUCCAGCAGUUUGGAGUGUGUGAGUGGUAAAUUGUGCAUAAAGUGUUACAGUGUGAGGUACAGAGAAGGAGGCUGCCAGCCGUCUCCCUGCAGAAGAGCCUUCAAGAGGAAAAAGCAUUUGUUCUGGGUCUUGAUAGAUGUGUAGGAGUUUGUCAAAAGUUGAAAGAAGAAAAAUCCCAACAGAGGAAGCAAUGUCUCUAGAGCUUCAGUCUCCGAACUUUGUUUAUUGUGCAUUCCUGUCGGUAGAAGUUUUGAGCAUGCACUCCCAACGUAGGUUUAUUUUUGUAAAUUAAAGACAUGUGCUAUCAUACAAAUUUAAAAGUGCAUUAUAAAACAUACACUAAAUAGAAGUUUAAAAGGUGGGAAAGAAAGAUGAAAAUAAACAGUAUUUUGCACCUUUGACUCAUCUUGCACAUCUCACACUGGAAACCCUUGCUUGUCUUUGUAGCCUGGGUACUUGGGGAGAGAGUUAGGCGGGUGCUUUGAACAGAGGUCCAAGGCUAGGUUGUGAAGAGCUGUGAGUGCUAGGCAUAGACAUUUAGAUUUUUUCCUGUAGGUGGUGGGAACCACUGAAAGUUUAAGAAGUGAAGUGACCUGGAGAGACUGCCCUGGUUGUCUUCUUUUUUUGUGGAGCUUUGUUUUUUUAACUCUUUGGAAGGUUUGUUGUCAGCCUGGGGCUGCAUACUCCAAGAGCACUGAUUUCUUUCUUGAUAUUUCUGUAGGUGAUAUUCUGCCCCCUUCCUCUCCCCAACCCUGAAAAACAGCUCCUGAGACUUGAAUUACAGACCAGCAUUUUAAUCAGACAAACUGCAGCUGGAGUAAGCUUCUUGGGGUCACAAUGGCCACUGAAGACAGGGGAACUUUAGACCCCACUCCUAGGGGUCCUGUUUUCCAGAAGCAGGAGGGGCGCCUGGCUGUGAAGCAGGAGCCAGGCAACCAGACUUGGGGGCAGAGCUGCAGUCUCCAGAAGAACCACCCUCCUGUCUGCGAAAUCUUCCGGCUACACUUCAGACAGUUAUGUUACCACGAGAUGUCUGGGCCACAGGAGGCUCUGAGCCGACUCCGGGAACUCUGCCGCUGGUGGCUGAUGCCAGAGGUGCACACCAAGGAGCAGAUCCUGGAGCUGCUGGUGCUGGAGCAGUUCCUGAGCAUCCUGCCCGGGGAGCUCCAGACCUGGGUGCAGCUGCAUCGCCCUGGGAGUGGGGAGGAGGCCGUGGCUGUGGUGGAGGAUUUCCAGAGACACCUUAGUGGACCAGGAGAGGUUUCAGCCUCUGCAGAGGAACAGGAAAUGCAUUUGGAGGAGACAGUAGCCCUGGAUGCAACAGAGGAAUCACCUCCUACCUCACCCCUCAGUGGGGGCUCAGCCCCUGGAACCCACCUAGAGCCUCCCCGUGACCCCGCGGCACAGCAUCUCCCCAGUGAGCACUUCGCUCCACUUGCUUCCCCAGUUCCUGCCCUUCCCAAGGUGAGGAACUCAGGAGAACAAGCAGUGGCAUCUGUACUUCGGAUGGCCAGGCCCCAGGAGUCUGCAGCAUAUGAUGACCUUUCUGUGGACUAUACUCAGAAGAAGUGGAAAGGUCCGGCACUCAGUCAGAGAGCUCUGUACCGGAACAUGAUGCUAGAAAAUUAUCACAGCGUGGCCUCAUUGGCAGGUGAGAACAGAAUGAACAGUUCAGAGUUGACUCCAAAUCAGGUAAUUUCUAAGGGACCAGGGUCAUCUGAUGGGACAUCAGGAGGACUUCAUGGGAUGGUUCCUGGGACACCAGAGGCUGGAGAUUCCUGUGAAGGUACUUUAAAGAAUCUAGAAGAGCAGCCCUCAGAUGAAGAAGGGAGCAGACUAGAAAGUAAUUUCUUGGAAAUAACAGAUGAGGAUAAAAAAAAUCCCAUAAAAGACAAAUGUGAGAAAUAUAAGGAACUCGGGGAACAUUGUAAUCUGUCCUCCAGUCCUGCUGAACAUCAAGGAGUUCUGAAGGGACAGAAAUCCUAUCAGUGUGAUGAGUGUGGCAAAGCUUUCAGUCGGAGCUCACACCUCAUUGGCCAUCAGAGAAUCCACACUGGAGAGAAGCCCUAUGAGUGUAAUGAAUGUGGUAAGACCUUUAGGCAGACCUCUCAGCUCAUUGUUCAUCUCAGAAUCCACACGGGGGAGAAGCCCUAUGAAUGCAACGAGUGUGGGAAAACCUACCGGCACAGCUCCCAUCUCAUUCAACACCAGAGACACCAUGAUGGGGAGAAACCAUAUAAAUGUAAUGAAUGUGGAAAAGCCUUCACUCAAAGUUCCCAACUCAUUGACCACCAGAGAACUCAUACUGGGGAGAAACCUUAUGAAUGCAACAAGUGUGGAGAGGCUUUCAUUCGGAGUAAAAGUCUUGUCCGACAUCGAGUACUUCACACAGGGGAGAAACCUUAUGAGUGUAAUGAGUGUGGGAAAGCUUUCUGUUCCAAUAGGAAUCUUACUGACCAUCAGAGAAUCCACACUGGGGAGAAGCCUUAUGAGUGUAACGAAUGUGGCAAGGCCUUCAGUCGGAGUAAAUGUCUUAUUCGACAUCAGAGCCUCCACACUGGGGAAAAACCAUACAAAUGUAGCGAAUGUGGGAAAGCCUUUAAUCAGAACUCUCAACUGGUUGACCACGAGCGAAUGCAUACUGGAGAAAAACCUUUUGAAUGUAGUGAGUGUGGUAAGGCAUUCAGUCUAAGUAAAUGUCUUAUUCGGCACCAGAGACUUCACACGGGUGAGAAGCCCUACAAAUGCAAAGAGUGUGGAAAAUCCUUCAAUCAAAACUCACACCUCAUUAUACACCAGAGAAUUCACACUGGUGAGAAACCCUAUGAAUGUAAUGAAUGUGGCAAGGUCUUCAGUUAUAGCUCUAGCCUAAUGGUACAUCAGAGAACCCAUACUGGGGAGAAACCCUAUAAAUGCAAUGACUGUGGGAAAGCCUUUAGCGACAGCUCACAGCUUAUCGUGCACCAGAGAGUUCACACCGGAGAGAAACCCUAUGAAUGUAGUGAGUGCGGGAAAGCCUUCAGUCAGCGUUCCACUUUUAAUCACCACCAGCGAACUCACACUGGAGAAAAACACUCAGCUCUGGCUAGGUCAGUUUCUUAAAGCAUGGUUCUCCAAGGCAGAGAGCAAGGUAGUUUGAGUUAAGCUUUGUUUAUAAGAAGGAUGCUCACCUGGUCUCCUUGGAACCACUGACUACAAGUGGGCCUUUCUAUAAGUGUUUUCAUUGGAUCACUAAGCUGAGAAUGAGUAACAGUGCAAUUCUUCCCCGCUCUUGGGAAAGUAAGGACCACACAUUUCAUUUACUUGUAGGUUUCUUUUUCUUUUUUUAAAACUAUUAUAAAUCUAUUUCCUUUCUUAGUUAUACAUCCCAUAAUCAGAUUGUGUGCUUGUCAAGGACAGAGAUCUUUAUUCUAUUCCAUCUUCUCCAUUUCACCAUUUACAUAAAAUCAUUCUCAAAAACUGAUUCAUUCUUUCCUGUCUCUUGGCUAUUGUUCUCCCAAUAUACUUUUUCAACGUCUAGUCUAAUCUACUCUAAUCACUUUCCGUACCUAGAAAACACUUUUUUCUUCCUGUUUGCUAAUCUAUGUCCCUCACGACCUUCAAGAUCCAGCUCAUCUCUGACUUUCUUUUUCAAAUGCUUUUUCAUUUCUCUUAAACUUAUAUUGAUUUGACCUCAGUGCUUUCAAUUAGCUAGUGCUACAGUGUGCAACUGUUGUUGAAUAGCCUUGUAAAUUAUCCUCAAUUUAAUGCAUAUGUGUAUACUUUCAUACCGACUUCUAGGCUUUUCGAGGUUGGGUAUAGUAUCUGUUUCUUUUAACGUAUAAAGAUUUGCAUAUACGAGUUGGUAAAUAAAUAAAAAUUUUGACUCUUAUAAAGUGGGCACGAUCUUUCCCCGAGGCUAGAAGCUUCUAAAGAUGGAAGUGGUAUCUCAUCAUAGGGUAUCACAUACAAAGGCCCCUUUAAUGUCUUCUACCUGGAAAUCUCACUACUGUAGGCUUUUGCCUCAAAGAGCUAAUAGAAUUGUGCGUGAGUGAGUGUGUGUAUGUAUCUAGAUAUUGGGGUGGGCAGUCAUGUCCCACUGAUAGAGGUACUUUGUUGUGUACACUGACUCCAGUUCUGAAAUAGCUGACCACACCGUGCUUCCUAAAUAAACAGGUUAAGAGCAGAGUCAAAAGUUUAUUGCAAAGCAGGCUUGACUUUCAUGGUCAUGGUAAAGAUGGUUGAAAAUCCCAGCUGAAGCAUUCUUGAAUGAUUGGAAUUCACAGUGAUGGGGUUUGUGGCAAGAAUAGAGUUAAAACUAAUCUGGUUGAGCAGGCGUUGUUCACCAAUUUGUUUCUCUUUAUCAACUAGUCCUAUCUAUAUGCAACUGUCAUCUUAUUUUUAAGAUGAGAGUUGUACCCUUAAUUAUCAUAAUUAUCUUCUGGGCUAUCUUUCAUUUCACAAAAGCAAAAGGAACAGGAAAUCUUCAGAGAAUUUCCUCCCCUACAAUCCUAUCAGACAUGAGCUUGAACAGCUUUUCCCUUCUACCCUUGUAGUAGGGCCCCAGUGCUGGGAGACCUUUGCCUCUGGUAUCUAGUCCUUGCUCUGCUCAUCCCCCAAACUUCCUCUUAACAGGACGACAGGAUCAACAGCGUGGCAAAGGUGGAGGAGGAGGCUAGAGAAGCAAUGUCUUAGUUAUCUAGUGCUGCUAUAACAAAUACCACAAGUGGGUGACUUUAACAAACAGAAAUUUUCUUACAAUUAGGAGGCUAGAAGUCCAAAUUCAGGGUGCC